UUCGUUUUGCCUCAUGGGUAUUUUUCUAUAGGACAGUAAUGAUGACACAGAAGAUGUUUCACUGUUUGAUGCGGAAGAGGAGACAACUAACAGACCCAAAAAAUCCAAGAUCAGACACCCAGUGGCAUCAUUUUUCCAUUUAUUCUUUCGAGUCAGUGCAAUUGUAGUCUAUCUUCUCUGUGAAUUGUUCAGCAGCAGCUUUAUUGCCUGUAUGGUGACAAUUAUCUUGUUGUUGUCAUGUGACUUUUGGGCAGUCAAGAAUGUCACAGGUAGGCUAAUGGUUGGCCUGCGCUGGUGGAAUCAUAUUGAUGAAGAUGGAAAAAGCCAUUGGGUGUUUGAAGCCAGAAAGGCAACCUCCCAAGAGAGUAAAAGUGUUUCAGAGGCUGAAUCAAGAAUCUUUUGGUUAGGACUGAUUGCCUGCCCUGUGCUGUGGGUGGUGUUUGCCUUCAGUGCACUCUUCUCCUUCAGAGUGAAGUGGUUGGCAGUGGUUAUCAUGGGUGUAGUCCUCCAAGGUGCCAACCUGUAUGGUUACAUCAGGUGCAAAGUGGGCAGCAGAAAGAAUUUAACUAGCAUGGCUACAUCUUACCUUGGGAAGCAGUUUUUAAGACAGAGCACUGGAGAUGAUCAGACUUCCUGAAGAGCAAGCAAAAGCUUACAUGGUCUGUUAAAUCGGGGGACUGCUGAAGACCUGACUCUGAACCUUUUAGAGCACAGUACAUGUCACAAAGAGGAGUGCUUGGUUUGUUUUUCCAUUUUAAAAUUUACUUUAAGGAAAAGUAGUUUUCACAUUAAUUUUUUUUCUUUUAACACUUGGGGCUUAAAAGUAUUGUGUUGCUCGAAACAUUGUCAAAAUUUGUUCGUUUUACAUGUGUUUGCACAUAGUCAUGUCAUGUCCGUAUAUCCCAAAUUAAUGAAAGGGUGUUCAUGUGCAUAUGUAAUGGAGACCUUUGUGUUUUGAUCAAUAGAACAUAAAAGGAUAUUCUUA